AUGUUGUCUGCCGUAUUCUUACACGCGACUGCAAGUUUGACAGUAUACGGUAAGGGUGGGGGCCACAGUGCGCAGCCAUAUUGGCUACUUGUGACUUUUGGGAGGAAGUGAGCAAAAAAUAAUACAACUUUUCUCGUUUCUACGUGAAAAAAUGUUGCCUUCGAGGAUUUUUCAUUGAUUUCACACAUUGGUCUUGCUAGCGCGAACACGAUUACGAUAGAACGUGUGAUCAUUUAUACAAGCUCAACUUUUUUUACGAAAAAUGGUAUGUUACUUUUUGAUUCGUAGAUUCUUCGUUUUAGAACAGUUAAAUCGUUCAUUAUGAAAUUUUACAAUGUUCCCAGCAUAUCUGCUUUAUUUUUCUUGCAGAGUUUCUUUGGGUUCGGUCAGUCGGCAGAUAUAGAGAUUACUUUGGAUGGUGCAGAAACUAGGAAAACUGCAGACAUUAAAUCUGAAGAUGGUAAAAAAGAGCGCCACUUGUUAUACUAUGACGGUGAAACCGUUUCUGGAAAGAUUAACAUUAGUCUUAGGAAAGCUGGUAAAUUGGAGCAUCAAGGUGUAAAAGUAGAGUUCAUUGGACAAAUCGAAUUAUAUUAUGAUAGAGGAAAUCAUCAUGAGUUUACAAGUCUAGUUAAAGAAUUAGCUAGGCCAGGAGAAUUAACUCAUAAUACAGUAUAUACUUUUGAAUUUGCAAAUGUAGAAAAGCCAUUUGAAAGUUACACAGGAUCUAAUGUACGACUAAGAUAUUUUCUCAAAGUAACAAUUGUUCGAAGACUUAGUGAUAUUGUUAAAGAACUUGAAUUAGUUGUGCACACUCUUAGUUCCUAUCCAGAUAUGAAUAACCCUAUUAAGAUGGAAGUUGGAAUUGAAGACUGUUUGCAUAUUGAAUUUGAGUAUAAUAAAAGCAAAUAUCAUUUAAAAGAUGUUAUUGUUGGAAAAAUAUAUUUUCUUUUGGUUAGAAUAAAAAUCAAACAUAUGGAAAUUGCCAUAAUAAAACGAGAAACUACUGGUUCUGGUCCACAUACAUUUACGGAAAAUGAAACUAUAGCAAAAUAUGAAAUAAUGGAUGGAGCACCAGUCCGAGGCGAGUCUAUUCCAAUAAGAGUCUUUCUAGCAGGUUAUGAUUUAGCACCUACAAUGCGUGAUAUCAAUAAAAAAUUUAGUGUUAGAUAUUACCUUAAUCUAGUUCUCAUGGACGAGGAAGAUCGUAGAUAUUUCAAACAACAAGAAAUAACCUUAUGGAGAAAGGGAGAAAAGAGUAGAAAAUCUCAAACUGCUUCUCCACAUAUGCCAUCGCAUUUAGUAUCGGCAGAAACGGGAUUUCCACAAGGAGCUGCUCAAAAUGGUCCGCCAUCUGUGACUCCACCAGUUCAAUCAGGACAACUACCAUCCGCUAACAUUACCAAUGUAGAGGAUGCACAAGCGCCAAUAGAAAGCAUGACACGCGAAGAAGGAGAUGGUGAAGGUGCAAAAGAAGUUAAUUCUGAAAGUAACUGA